GGUGCCCGUCCCCCUGACCCCAGGGUCUGAGUCGCCGCUGCCGCCGCUGCCACCAUCCGCGAGGGAGGAGAGAGGAGAAGGAGUGCGGUGCGGCGGCCCCGGGACCGAGGAGGGACCCACACAUGGAGCUGCGGGAAGAGGCCUGGUCUCCGGGGCCGCUGGAUUCCGAGGACCAGCAGAUGGCCAGUCACGAGAACCCAGUGGACAUCCUCAUCAUGGAUGACGACGACGUCCCCACCUGGCCCCCCACCAAGCUGUCCCCGCCCCAGUCGGCGCCUCCUGCUGGUCCCCCACCCCGACCGCGGCCGCCCGCCCCCUACAUUUGCAACGAGUGCGGCAAGAGCUUCAGCCACUGGUCCAAGCUGACGCGGCACCAGCGCACGCACACGGGCGAGCGGCCCAAUGCCUGCACCGACUGCGGCAAGACCUUCUCGCAGAGCUCGCACCUGGUGCAGCACCGGCGCAUCCACACCGGCGAGAAGCCCUACGCCUGCUCCGAGUGCGGCAAGCGCUUCAGUUGGAGCUCCAACCUCAUGCAGCACCAGCGCAUCCACACGGGCGAGAAGCCCUACGCCUGCCCCGAGUGCGGCCGCAGCUUCACGCAGAGCAAGAGCCUGGCCAAGCACCGGCGCUCGCACAGCGGCCUGAAGCCCUUCGUGUGCCCGCGCUGCGGCCGCGGCUUCAGCCAGCCCAAGAGCCUGGCGCGCCAUCUGCGCCUGCACCCGGAGCUGUCAGGGCCUGGCGUGGCGGCCAAGGUGCUGGCGGCCAGCGUGCGCCGGGCCAAGGCGCCCGAGGAGGCGGCGGCGGCGGACGGCGAGAUCGCCAUCCCCGUGGGCGACGGGGACGGCAUCAUUGUGGUGGGCGCGCCAGGGGAGGGGGCCGCGGCGGGUACGGCCGUGGCGGGCGCGGGGGCCAAGGUGCCUGGGCCCCGCUCGCGGCGCGCGCCGGCCCCCAAGCCCUACGUGUGCAUGGAGUGCGGGCAGGGCUUCGGGCAGGCGGCCGGGCUCCUGGCGCACCAGCGCGCUCAGCACGGGGAUGGGAUCGGGGCGGCGGGGGGCGAGGAGCCCGCGCACAUCUGCGUGGAGUGCGGCGAGGGCUUCGUGCAGGGCGCGGCGCUGCGCAGACACAAGAAGGUCCACGCGGUGGGCGCGCCCUCCGUCUGCAGCCGCUGCGGACAGAGCUACUACCGGGCCGGCGGGGACGACGCCGACGAGGAGGAGGCGGCCGGCGGCCAGUGCAGCGAGUGCCGCGGCGGGGAGGCCCGGUAG